AUGGCUCUACUUCAUCGUAUGUCUGAAGAGUGUAUUAAAUCAGAACUGGACUUGUUUACAGUACCUUUAACACAAACAGCUAUAGAGAAAAGUACCUAUGUCGAAAUCCCUCCGUUGUCUGCAAUAUCCAACACAGCUCCGUUGGAAUUUUUCAUAGCUGGACAUGGCGAAGAUUAUACGGAUCUAAAUAACACACUAUUGUACCUUCGUCUUAAAAUCACAAGAUCUGAUGGAACCGACAUCGAUGAUGGUGCAGCUGUGGGGUUGAUAAACUAUCCAGGGGCUACGAUAUUUUCACAGGUCGAUGUGUCACUAGGCGACAGGCUGAUAUCGCAGAGUUCAAGCACAUACCCAUACCAUAGCAUAAUAGAAUGUCUCGCAAACUAUGGGAAAGAUACCCUGGAAACUGUCUUUUCUGCGGGGCUAUUUUAUCAGGACACAGCUGGGCACAUGGACGAAACAAACCCUGCAGGGAACAAUCAAGGCUUGACAACGAGGGCCGCAUUUACAGACGGUAGCAAUGUGGUGGAACUGUUGACCCCAAUUCAUAGCGACAUAUUUUUUCAGGAGAAAUUGAUGCUUAAUGGUGUUGAUAUAAAAAUUCGAAUGACACGCUGUAAGGACGAAUUUUGCCUAAUGCGGAAUGAUGAGAUAGCAUACAAGGUCAAUAUUCUCACAGCAUCAUUAUUUGUUAAAAAAGUGUCAGUGUCACCGGGUGUAAGGCUGGGUCAUGCACAGGCUUUGUUGUCGACAACCGCUAAAUACCCUAUUGAUAGAGUGUGUCUAAAAAAUAUUUCAAUACCUGCUGGGACACGCGUCUCCAAUCAUGAAAAUUUAUUUUUAGGAACGUUGCCAAAGUCGAUCAUAUUGUGUAUGGUGGAAAACCAGGCUUUUACGGGGGCUUAUAAUAGAAACCCCUUUGCAUUUAAACAUUAUGACUUGAAGUUUCUAGCCGUCUAUUUAGACGGACAACAAUUUCCAGCUAAACCACAUCAACCCGAUUUCCAAUCUGGCUCUGCAGUGCGAGAGUUCUUCCAGUUAGCCCUUGCAUCAGGAAGACAUUUGAAAAACCAAGCCUUGUCUAUUAAUAGACAGGAGUUCUUACAGGGCUACACACUGUACGCGUUUAAUCUCACACCUGAUGAAGAGUGCGGUCAACAUGUGUCCUUGGUCAAAUCGGGUAAUAUUAGAUUGGAGGCCCGUUUCAGACAACCACUCCCACACACCGUAAAUUUGAUUGUGUACGCCGUUUUUGAUAGUAUCAUCGAAGUGUCUAACCGAAGACAAGUUUUGGUGGAUUUUUACUGA